AUGGGUCAGUUGCCUAUUCUGCUAGCCACCUUGGCUCUCUUCAAUCCUGGUAGAGAUUCUUCUCUCCGCAACUUAAUUCAUAAUCUGAGAAGUGAUCUUGAAUUUGACUACGUUCUUUUGCUGGGCAACUCGGAUCCCAUUUGGCAGGAGAUCUUAUUGCAACUACCAGUUCCCAUCGUUCAGAUUAGGGAGAUGACCGAAAAUAGCGAAGAAUUGGGCGAUAAUCAUUCCCACAAUAUCCUUACCAUUGCUUUCAUAUAUCAAUCCUCAGAAGAAACACUAAAACUAAUGCACUCUUAUCUGCGAAAGUUGAAUACAACGCCGAUUCUUCUGGUUCUAAAGGAAAAGUCGAUAAAAGUAAAACCAUUGCUGGAGUGGUGUUGGAAUCACCAAUUACUCAAUGUCGUGGCUAUUGGAUAUGACUUCGAGGAGUCUAUGAUUGUCUACAGCUACACACCCUUUCCAAUCUUGCAGUUUAUUGAAAGGCCUUUCGAAAAUAGUACGAAGAUAUUCGAGCCACGUUUAGAAAACCUUCAUGGCUAUGAGUUACCAGUGGCUAUUGGAGGAUCUGCGCCCCGUUUGAUUGUCUAUCGUGGGAAGGAUGGCAAGCUGAAAAUUUCAGGACCGGUGGGCAAUUUAAAGUAUUGCAUUGAACAGCGCUUUAAUUGCCGACUGGUUCAGCAGUACUUUUUGAAUGAGUCUUUUAUUUUUCCUGCUCAGCAAUAUGAAGGAGCCGUGCGAAACGGCAGUGUGGAAUUCGCUCUGGCGGCAUACUAUCCUAAACCUCCGUUUUCUAGAUUUACUUACCCCAUCGAGUUGAUGAGCUGGUGCCUCAUGAUGCCGGUGCCACAGGAGGUGCCACACAGUCAGUUGUACAGCAUGGUGUUUAGUCCUUCGGCAUUUUUAAUCACUCUGCUUGUGAUGGUACUUACCUCAUUAAUAUUAUCUUUUGCUCUUCGUCUGCAUGGAUAUCGAGUGGAUUUCAGUGAGUAUAUUCUUCACGACAGCUGCUUAAGAGGAGUGAUGUCCCAACCCUUCUACGAGGUUUUCCACUCACCGUUCUUGGUGAAAGGUAUUUACCUGGGGAUUUGCGUGUUUGGAGUGCUGAUUACCGCCGCGUACAACUCAGUCUUCUCCACUUAUAUGACCAGUGCACCGAAAUUUCCCCCAUUUACUAGUUAUGAGACCAUCAAGCACUCGAAUGUCAAGGUUGUUAUAUGGACACCAGAAUACGAAAUGCUUCUUGAAACUUCCAAAAACAUGGAGACAUACAAGUCCAUUUAUCGUUUGGAGCCCAAUUACACAAAGUUUCUGGAAUUACGGGACUCGUUCGAUCCAAGAUAUGGCUACAUGAUGCCACUUGAGAAGUGGUCACUUGUAAACCAGCAACAGAAGGUCUUUAGUUCUCCAUUGUUUAAUCUGAAAGAGGAUCUCUGCGUAUAUCACACGGUGCCCAUUGUGUUUGCCAUCAUGGAAAACUCGAUAUUUAAGGAACCCCUGAAUCGUCUUAUUAUCGAUUUGACUGCAAUGGGCCUUUUUAAUCAUUGGCGCGACAUGGUCUUUACGGAUUUGAUUAGGGCCGGAAAAUUGGAGCUCAGGGAUCUGAGUCCUCCACAUGAAUUUCGACCCAUGAAAGUAGAGGACUUGGAAAAGAUUUGGAUAAUGGUUGGAGUUCUGCUAAGUCUGGCCACCUUUGUUUUUCUAUUGGAGUGUAUAAGGUUUUAUCGCCUAAAGAUAAUACAAAAAAUUAAAAGUGUAUUUAGGCGAACAGCUGAACUGUAA